AGAGCAGGAAAAAAUGGAUAAAUUCUUCAUGGUUUCCAUUUUUGGUUUGCUAAUAGCAGUGCAUGCAGCUGCCGGAAACAUGGUACUUGACACUCUUUCUGUGCUUGGAGAGCUUGAGAACCUCGACAUUGAAGAAGACGAUCAGGUGGAACUUUUUGAUAUGCCAUCAAUGACAAGUAACCGCGGUUGCAAGGUUCUUGUAAAUGUGGAUAGCUUCGGUGCUGUUGGAGAUGGAGUGGCUGAUGACACCCAGGCCUUCAAAAAUGCGUGGAACACAGCCUGCUCGACGCCAAAGUCAGUUUUCUUGGUUCCUUCAGGACGGCGUUAUUUAGUUAAUGCAACAAGAUUUCAGGGGCCGUGUGCUGAAAGGUUGGUCAUUCAGAUUGACGGAACAAUAGUCGCUCCAGAUGAGCCUAAAAACUGGGAUGUGAAUCUCCCACGACUCUGGCUUGAUUUCUCGAAGCUCGAAGGGGUCCUUUUCCAGGGGAGUGGAGUCAUUGAUGGCUCAGGAAGUAAAUGGUGGGCUGCUUCUUGCAAAAAGAACCACUCAAAUCCUUGCAGAGGAGCACCAACAGCAUUAACUAUAGAUAGCAGCUCAGCUGUUAGGGUAAAAGGCCUCACUAUUCAGAACAGCCAACAGAUGAAUUUUGUCAUUUCUCGAUCUCAAUCCGUGAGCAUAUCUGAGGUACUAGUCUCAGCCCCUGGAGACAGUCCAAACACUGAUGGAAUCCAUAUCACUGGUUCCACUAAUGUUGUACUCCAAGACUGCAAAAUUGGAACAGGUGAUGAUUGCAUUUCAAUUGUCAAUGGUAGCUCUGCUAUCAAGAUGAAAAGAAUUUAUUGUGGACCUGGACAUGGAGUCAGUAUCGGAAGCCUUGGCAAGGACAACUCGACAGGCAUAGUCACAAAAGUGGUCUUGGAUACAGCAUUCCUUAGAGAAACUAUGAAUGGCCUCAGGAUUAAGACUUGGCAGGGGGGUUCCGGUUAUGUUCGCGGGGUACUUUUUGAAAAUGUUAGGAUGGAAGAUGUUGCAAAUCCCAUAAUUAUUGAUCAGUUCUAUUGUGAUUCCCCCAAAACCUGCCAAAACCAGACAUCAGCUGUGAAAAUAAGCGAAAUCAUGUACCAGAACAUUACUGGGACUACAAAGAGCUCAGAAGCAAUGAAAUUCGCCUGCAGUGACAGUGUCCCCUGCAGCAACAUAGUCUUGAGUAAUAUCAACUUAGAGAACAAGGAUGGAACGGUCGAGACCUACUGCAAUUCUGCCCAAGGUUUCGGGUAUGGCUUUGUGCAUCCUUCAGCAGACUGCCUGAGUUCCCAGGACAACAAAGAUGCUGAGCUAGUAGAAAUCACAGCAGACGAUAUCAUAAUUCACACUGAGCUCUGAGGCUCCUACACUCCUAUAGGCACCAAAAUAUUUAUGUGAACGUAUAUAUACCUGGUAAAUGGACGUUAGAUAAGACUAGUAUAGGUUGAGGAGGAUUGAGGUGACCAAGAAAACAUUUUUUUGUGGGAAGUUAUGGAUACUACAUGUUAUACAGAAACUGCGCUAGUACAGAAAGGCAACUAGACGAUGCAAUUAAUAUUUAAGAAAAAAAUGAAUUUAUUA